AUGGAUCUGAAUUUCGAAUACAUUGCUGCUCAUAUCAGCGAUUAUAUUAAUAAUGAAAACUUCUUCGAUACAUUUGAUAUGAGGGAUAUCAAAAUAAUCAUGAAAAAUUCACAUUUGACAGCUGAUCAGUACGUUACUCUUCUUAAACAAUCUUCAUCAACUCUCAAUUCCAAAGAAUUAUAUAUCUGUACAAGGAAGGCAAACGUUCGUGUCCAAAAUCUCGAAGAAGUUGUUUCAAUUCUUAACUCUGUGAAAAGAUACAUGAAAUUCAAUAUAUUUGAUGGUAUUACAGAUUUUUUAAAACAGAAUGAGAAAGUUAUAAACGAUUCUACGAACGAAAGAGAAACAUUUCAAGAUAAAUCCAAAGCGUUUCAAAAAGAAAAUGAAAAUGCAACCAAAGAUACUACUGUCAAUGUAACUAAUGAAAAUUACAAUCAAUCACGCGAUAUUUUAACUAAAAUCACAGAACUUAAGGAAUCUAGUGAUUUUGAAACAGUUUACAAAUUCCUUGAUGAACUUUCUUCGACAGGAAACCACGAAAUGAUUUCAAAAUCAGUCGAAGAAGGACUUUGGAAAAAGAUUGCUCCUAAAAUAUAUGAAUAUGAUGAUCGUGAGAGAAAUGUUCUUCAUUUUGCAAGUGAAAACGGAAAUCUCAGACUUGUUCAAUCACUCAUCGAAUGUGGUUGUGACAAAGAAUCAAAGAAUAAUGAUGGAAAUACUCCACUCAUUUGGGCAUCAAGAGAAGGUCAUCUUGAAGUUGUUCAAUAUCUUAUCUCUGUUGGAGCAGAUAAAGAAGCAAAGGAUAAUAUUUGUGGAUCUACUCCACUCAUUUCUGCAUCAGUAUAUGGUCAUCUUGAAGUUGUUGAAUAUCUUAUCUCUGUUGGAGCUGAUAAAGAAGCAAAGAAUAAAGAUGGAUGUACUCCACUCAUUUGGGCAUCAUAUCAUGGUCAUCUUGAAGUUGUUAAAUAUCUUAUCUCUGUUGGAGCUGAUAAAGAAGCAAAGGAUAAUACUGGAUCUACUCCACUCAUUUGGGCAUCAUAUCAUGGUCAUCUUCAAAUUGUUAAAUAUCUUAUCUCUGUUGGAGCUGAUAAAGAAGCAAAGAAUAAAAAUGGAUGUACUCCACUCAUUAAAGCAUCAGAUAAUGGUCAUCUUGAAGUUGUUAAAUAUCUUAUCUCUGUUGGAGCUAAUAAAGAAGCAAAGAAUAGUCUUGGAUGUACUCCACUCAUUUUAGCAUCACAAUAUGGUCAUCUUGAAGUUGUUAAAUAUCUUAUCUCUGUUGGAGCUGAUAAAGAAGCAAAGAAUAAAUAUGGAUACACUCCACUCAUUUAUGCAUCAGAAAAAGGUCAUCUUGAAGUUGUUAAAUAUCUUAUCUCUGUUGGAGCUGAUAAAGAAGCAAAGAAUAAUAAUGGAAAGACUGCUCUUAAUCUUGCAAAAAGUUCUGUGAAAAAAAUUUUUUUGGAAGACAAAACAGAAUAG